AUGGGGUCGAAAGUUGUGGUGGCAAUGCAGCGAAAUAUACUGCUUGGAGAGCUGGGUGACUGCAAGAAGGAAGCUGGAGAAUAUUCAGCCGCGGGUCAUAGAGAAUUUUCAGAAAAAAAUUAUGAUCACAUUUUACAGGUUGCUGAACUUAGUCAGAACCUCCCUGAGCAUAUGAGCAUUGACUCUUCAAUUCGUGAACACGAGGAACGGGUAAAACGGGAGCAGCAAGAUGAGGAGUACGCUAUGCAACUGUAUGGUGGAGCAUCAACGAGCACUCCGUACUCGCAACCUGAGCGAAAGAAGCGGAAAUACGAACGUAAAAUCCAAAAGCCUCAAGAUUCGGCUAGUGAAUCUACUCCUGUAUCUUCUGUUUCUGGUCGUUUCAUCCUUCGUUUACCACGAGUUGCUCCAAUCAAGGAGGAACUGGAAGACGAGUCGCAACAAGCUUCGCGUCCAUUGUCUUCCACUACUUCCUCACGCCCUGACAGUGUUGUCGCAGCUGGUUCUUCUAGCGUCACUGAGAAUCCAGGGAAAGUGGAUUGGUUGGCAAUGUUGCCAUCACUGGAAGAAUUACGUGCGAAGGCGGAUGAAAUGAAGGCAUUGCGUGAGAAAUCGAAGCAAGUGCCUCAUCAUCCGACCAAGGCAUAUCUAAUCCAUGUGAAAGACCGUGACGUUCUUGCUCUCCCAUACUUGGAUGUUCCGGCAGUGCCCGAUUUUAUUCAGUACAGGUAUCCUAACCCUGCGCAAUAUUACGCAGAAGAAAACUUUAUUUAUGGAGCUCCACGUGAGACAUGA